AUGCGUUACGUUUCUGCGUAUAUGCUAGCAGUCGCUGGUGGAAACCCGUCUCCGAAGUUAGAAGAUAUAAAAAAUAUCCUCGGUGCCGUUGGAGUCGAUACCGAUGCUGAAGCUGCCAAGCUCGUCAUCUCACGGCUACAAGGAAAGAAUAUCGAAGAAGUAAUCGCUGAAGGUUCCGCUGGUCUGGUCUCGGUAAGCUGUGCUUUCUUCACUGUUUUAUUUGUUAGGGUUUGUUGGUUUGGUGCUCUUGAUCCCCUUCCGUGA